GUCAGCAAAUGUACCUUCAACAGUGGCCAUCAUGUUCAUUCUUUCAAUGACAUGCCUUGGAAUAAUAAAUUUCUCUCAGACUCGGCACAAAGUUACAGGCAUCUGCAGCGUCACUUAAAACUAAGCCGUGUUCUUCAAACCAAAACUUAAUUGUUGAAUUCUGUCUGGAUUGUGAUUAGAAAUGCCGUUGUUCAGUCGAUCUUGUAAUAGCAAAGCACGUUUAGACGGUAAAACGGUUAUUAUAACCGGUGCUAAUAGUGGCAUUGGAAAAGAAACUGCGGGGGACCUUUACAGGAGAGGAGCCAGAGUGAUCUUGGCAUGCAGAGACCUGGCCAGAGCCAAAGCUGCUGUAAAGGAUAUAUACAAGAUUCCACCAUCUAAAUAUCGCGAAGAACGGUUCAUCGGAGAGUUUGGCGAACUCGUUGUUUACAAAUUGGAUCUGAACAGCUUGGCCAGCAUCAGGGAAUGUGCGAAACAGAUAUGGAAAACAGAACCUGCUGUUCAUAUUCUCAUCAAUAACGCUGCGGUUAUGAUGGUUCCCAAGGGGGUUACCGAAGAUGGCUUCGAGAUACAAUUUGGUAUCAACCACCUGGGUCACUUUCUUUUUACACUGCUACUCCUGCCGAAGAUCAUUCAAAGUCAAAAACACCCGGAUACCUGCGGAAGGAUCAUCAACGUUUCGUCCUCAGCUCAUAAUUUGGUGAAGAUCAAGGUUGAAGACCUCAUGUCAGAUAAGACGUACAACCCCUUCAUGGUCUACUGCCGUAGCAAGCUGGCGAACAUAUUAUUCACUCGAGAAUUGACUCGCAGAUUGAAAGGAUGUUGCAUUUCAGAAGCAAAUGUCGCCGGUGUAAACACCUACACACUUCAUCCGGGAAUCUUCAAGUCCAACCUCAGCCGCCAUUUUGAUCAGGUUUUGUUUAGGGGUGUAAGAUUUUUCAUCAGAAUAGGAGAAUUAUUUGUAAAGACUGCGAAAGAGGGCGCCCAGACAACUAUCCAUUGUGCCGUCGAUGAGGGUGCCGCAAAACAGACGGGUCUCUACUACAGUCAAUGCGCGGUGGCUCAACCUUCAAACGCGGCGCUGAACGACUUAACCGCAAUCAAACUUUGGAAUGCGAGUAUUGAACUUGUUGGUCUUCCAACAAGCGAUUUAAGGGAUCUGAUCCAAAUAAUCUCCAAGGAGUAUGCCAUGUGAACGGUUUGCUGAUGGUGACGAAGGAUACUACGACGUCACCUGAAAUUGUUCACAAGUGUAUGGUAUCACGUACCUAUUAAGGGCUACAGUUAUUGCAUUAUUGGUAAUUUAGAUGAAAAUUGUAUAGUGGUAGAAUAUUCCACUGAAUUUGCAAAAUUUGAAUGAUAAAUUAUCAGUUCAUUUUAAUCAACAGUGUAACGUUAAACAACGAAGAGUGCGGAAAUGUUGCCAAUACGAUUACUUUAACAAAUCUGAAAAAUGCAUUAUAGCAGCAAUGAAUUUUAUGUUCUCAGUGUAUCGAUCUGAACAUUGUCGCCUUUGGUUAUCAAGGAUAAGUAAUUGCAGAAAAAAUCCCCCGAGCAUUACGCCGUGCUCAUUUCACUAUCUGCAAUAAUUCGUUAGUACGAGUCCAGCGGUCGGUUAUAAUUAAAAACCAUUUCACUAUCCUUUAUUCUACAUGGAAGUCGGAUAAUUUUCGAUCUGAAAGCACUCGUGUGUUUGAAUUGCGAAAUAAUCACAGCUGAGCCGAGCGAAGAUUAAGUCCGCAGUUUUAACAAAAAUUUAUCAAUGGAUCAUCAUCUGAAGAGCAC